CUCAGUUACAAGGCAGGAAGUUGUCUUUUGUUAUUAGGAUGUGGUACAUGAUGCACAUUUUCAGUCAGACCUGACCAGUUGUUUGAUCGUGUCUUCAUCUGCUGCACAAAUCGAAUAAUCUAUCAAGGAUUACAGUGAAACAGAAUUAUAAAAGUGCAGGCAAGGUCUUCCUCUGCAUUCAUCUGCAAUGAGAACACAGGCUUUAUGGUUUUAUGCCAUCUACUCAAAUGUGCUAAAUGUGCACACGGCUUCAUGGACUGCAGAAAUACCACAAACAAUCUCAGCACUGCUGGGGUCGUGUGUCGUGGUUCCCUGCAAGUUCAAUUACCCAGAUCCCCCAAAAAAGCCUCCAGGAAUGACAGGAAUAUGGCAAAUGACCAACAACCAACUCAUUUACCACCCGGACUCCUCCAAAGUGAUGGAAGAAUUCAGGGGCCGGACAAAUUUGAUUGGGGAUCUCGCAAGAAAGAACUGUUCACUGAGAAUUAAUCACCUGAAAAAAAAGGACAAUGGCUCAUUUAUUUUUAGGAUAGAGAUUCAUGACUUUAAUAAGUACUCUUACAAAGAUAAAUUGGUCUCCAUUGAUGUCCAAGACUCUCCAGCCUCCCCAUUGCUGACCGUGAGCGGGGAGGUCAAAGCAGGUGACGCUGUGACUGCUUCCUGCUCUGUGUCUCACUCCUGUCCCACGGAGCUGCCUCACCUGAUCUGGAGCCGCAGUGGAACAACCACCAACCAAUCAGAGGAGCUGCCCAACGGGCAAUGGAAACGUCAAGCCUGACUUUCACUGCCACAAACUCUGACCACAACCAGCAUCUGACUUGCACAGCAAAGUAUCAGCAGGUCACAUCUGUGCAAUCUUCUAAAAUUUUUAAUGUGACGUAUGCCCCAGUCCGUGUGGAGGUCGAGCCUGAGUCCACAGUGGUGAAGGAGGGAGAUGCUGUGGAGGUGCAGUGUUCCAGUGACAGUAACCCUCCUGCACACGACUACCAGUGGUACAACAUCACUGGCACUCUGCUGUCAGAGGAACGAAUCUACAAACUGCACAACGUGUCCAGACACACUAAAGCUCUCUACUGUGCAGCCAUCAACACAGAGGGGCACAAGAACUCCACUCCGGCCAAGAUCAGUGUGGAGUAUGCCCCAGAAAUAAAAGAGGGACCGGCCUGUAGCGUGAGGGCCGCGGGGGUGGCCUGCUUGUGCGUAGUGGACUCAGAACCUCCCCCUGAGAUUACCUGGCUGCUCCAGAGAGGGAGCGAUGCCAGCGCCGGCACUGAGAGACACGGCUCCAUCACGCUGGGCACGCUGCGGAGUACCCAGAGGCUCACAGAGCUCACCUGCCAGGCCAGCAACUCACGAGGAAACACGUCCGCAGUCUUCACACCACCCCAGAGCGGUGAACUCCAGUACAUUUCACUCAUAGUUGCUGCUGUGCUGCUGGUGGCAGGCAUGGCCGUUGUGGUGUGGCUAGCAAGAAGAACGAGACACAAUCGUGAGCAACCUGUAACUGGUAUGGACGAUGCAGCCACAACCAUGACAGGGACCUCCUACGCUAUGGCAGCAAGAAAGGAGGAAAAAAGCAUCAACAGUGGAUUUUAUGUAAACGAUGAACAGAUGUAUGGUAAUAUUGGGGUUGGAGAGGAAGAUGAUGUGUAUACAUGUGGAAGAUGCCUCUGAUUAGAAUGAAACAGGUACACAGGUACCCUAGAUGCCACUCCCCCAGUGUUGAAUGCAGUAACUCAGGAGCUGUCAAGCCAUACAUAUAAUCAUACUAUAACCACCACCUAUAUUUACUUAAAUUUAUUUUAUUUUAUUUUAUUUUUUACAAGAGCACUGCAGCUGGAUAUUCAAUAGGAAGCCAAUCCUUUUCUUAUACAUGGACAUACAAAUCUUGUACACGGAGAAGUGUUAUAAUGUCAUUGUGCAUGUUGAUCUGAAUAAGAAACAUCGUCCAAAGAUUUAAUUUUUAUAUUAUUUCAGAUGAUUUAGCUUUUUCCUGUCAUGCACAAACCUAUGUACUUGUACUUUUAAUCAAUAAAAAUGACAAAAAUAAUUGUGCUGUAUCUGUGUUUAAUCUUUUAUUAAACAAAUUCGGCUUUACUUUAUCAAAUCCAUACACAAUUUGCAGACACUUACAUUUUCUGGUAGGAUCUACAGAUAGAAGCACAUCAUACAAGGGCCAUAUAUUUAUCACAAAAGCUGACCCCUCUAA